GUACGGGGAUUGUCGAAACUACCAAUACCGUUACGAGAUACCCUGAUCCACAGCCCGAACUCCCGGAUCAUUUGGUAUGACGUUCCCGGAGCAGGCACUCUAAAUGUGCCUGAAUGGCAGUACUUCAAUGACCUUGGGCCUCUACAUCUUCGACUGCAUUAUCGUGCUCAUCGACAAUCGGUUCUUGGACUCUGACCUCGCCAUCCUUCGCGCCUGCGAGCGGUUCAGCAACGUUGAGGCGUUCAUUGUUCGCUCCAAGUCGGACCAGCACAUCAACACCAUGGCAUGCGACAGGAUGCUAAGUAAUUUCGAUCUUGGUGAUCCUGACAUAGACGACGAGACUCGUGCUCGAUUUCAGCAAAUGAAAUCUGAAGCACGGAAGAGGUUCAUCGAGGAAACGCGCCAGAAUGUGCAAACGAACCUCGAGAGCAAGAAUCUCUCUCCUAAGAAGGUCCACAUCAUUUGCAAGGACGCCCUACUUGCGGCAUUGAGUAACUCGCCCUCCUCGAAAGCAAUUGACGAGGCAGAGCUUCUGAAUGAUGUUGGAGAAUGUGUGCGUAGGCGUCUGCGGUCGGAAUAUUAAAAGUAGGUCAGAUCGUCUCGCUCAAUUGUCGAUCUCAUCGUUUAAUGCAGUUUCUACCUGGGGCUAGGCCUGUACUGACAG